AUGUCGUUCUCCCUGCCCGAUCUGCCAUACGCCUACGAUGCCUUGGAGCCCUUUGUGGACACCCAGACUAUGACCAUCCACCACACCAAGCAUCAUCAGACCUAUGUGACAAACGUCAACAACGUCGUCGCCAAGUAUAGCGACCUCCAGGGCCUGGACCUGGUGGAACUCAACAAGAGGAUUGGCAAGGGGGAGGUGCCCUCCGAUGUCUCCACCGCGCUGCGUAACAACGGCGGCGGGCACUGGAACCACACCUUCUUCUGGAAGGCACGGGCAUGUUGGUUGUUGGCCUGGUGA